AUGCACAAAAGAUAAUUUGUUUCUAACCUAACAAUUGUUUGAAAGUUUAAUGUUAAUAAAUAUUGGAUAGAAACUGUGAAAAAAUGAAACAAUUAAGUGAAGAACGUACAAAAAUACUUUUUGAAAAAUUGGCAAAAUAUAUGGGAACAAAUGUAAAAUUUUUAAUUGAUCGAAACGAUGAAACAUACUGUUUCCGUGAAAUGAAAGAUCGUAUUUAUUACAUGCCUGAAAAAAUAUUACAUCUCGCUAACACAAUUGCACCAGAUCAUUUAAUAUCAGCAGGCACGUGUCUAGGAAAAUUUACAAAAUCAAAUAAAUUCAAACUACACAUCACAGCAUUGCCAUAUUUAGCUCAACAUGCACAAUAUAAAAUAUGGGUAAAACCAUCAGCAGAACAGCAAUUUCUAUAUGGUCACAACGUUCCAAAAUCUGGAUUAGGAAGAAUAACAGAAAAUACACCAAGAUAUCAAGGUGUAAUUGUUCUUAGUAUGGCAGAUUUACCUUUGGGAUUUGGAGUAGCUGCUAAAUCAACGGCCGAAUGUAAACAUGCAGAUCCACUGGCCACUGUUUGCUUUCAUGAAGCUGAUAUCGGCGAAUAUAUUCGUUCUGAAGAUACUUUAUUGAAUAAUUAGAUAGUAAUUAGUAUUAUUUUUAAAUAUAAUUUUUUUUUU